AUGAGUCCGUCACAAAAGACCGGCGGACAUCGGCAUUUACCGCCAAGCCCCGGGACGUAUCCGAACCGCAAAUUAGAAUUGCGGGGAAGUUCGAAUUCCCCCCACCCUGUCGGCAUUUUCGCACUCUCCGGCCGACAAGCUUUCCUCCCCAACCCGAACGACAUGCCUGCACUUGUCCGCUCCCUACAGAGGGGCCGAAGAAACGCCGAAGGCCGCCGCGUGCCACCAGUGCCGGAGGCGCAAAGGCAGUCCAAGCUGCACCGAUGCCCCUGCGCAUCUGCAGUCCCAAGCAAAUGGAACCCGGUGAUCCACACCUGGAGGACGCGAUCGUACCACGCUCCUCACGCAGUCACUGUCGUCCCUCGGGGUGGUGGCUGCGCAGCAACUGAGAGUCCCCUCAAUCCACCGACCAUCGAGGGGUUCUGCUCCACCUUCUGA